GCAGACGUGAUGUGCCAGCCAGUCCGUGACACGGAGCUCGGUAGGUGAGGACGGCUGUUUUGUGUGUGCACAGUGAAAUAACAAUUUCUUUCUGUGGCCACCGUUUAUUUCCCUCGCAAACCGGCCAACCCGAUUCUUCUUGUGUUCACCAAUAGUGUCGGAUUAUUUGACUUUCCUGCCGGCUCGCUCGUCAGUCAGUGAGAAGCCUCUGAACCUGCCCAGUUACCGCCGAGUCAACGUUUCUGCGGGUAAAAACAGCCGGGAGCUCGUCGAGACACGCAGAUCCUUCAACUGCUAAGUAACCAACUAGAGGUAAUCAUCGAGACGCGCAGUCCUUUCUUUCAGCUCAUCCGUCGAGACACGCAGCCCCUCCAGGUUCUAAGUACCCAAAUUCGAGGUCACCGUGGAGACACGCCGUAGGCCCAUCGUCCCGUCCGUCGGCCAGCUUCUGACGUUUAUGGGGUCAUCGUGAAUCACCGGCUGGUUCUCGUUACAGGAAUAAAUCCCUCUCUCCCCAUCUAAUCCACCCCUCCCCCUUUUCACCCUCCCCUCCCACCCUCCCCAUCCCCGGGACAGCGUUUGUUGACGUGUCUGGGAUGAGAGGCGGAGAUUCUACAUCCCCCUCAACUCCAACAAUAAUAGCAAUAUUUCCGCGGAUAGCGGCCACCGGACGAAAAUACUGAGGCAUUUUUUUUAUUGUACUUGUGAGAAAUAUCGUGUCGUGCAGCAAGAUUCGUGUAGUAGUGCAGUGGGUGCUGGGAGGUAGCCGGACAUUUCUACCAUACACUUUUGAAACUCCAGCCAUAAAGUAUAGCAAGUCAUUCCGUGAACGGAUUUGAAAACUACCGCUCACACGACCUUAUGCAGUUGCGAGCGCCGUAAAAUUCUUACCACACACAAAUAGCCGACGAGAAAGGGUGGUGUGGUUGUGAGUCAUUGUGUCUGUGAGUUAUAGAACAUCGGUCGGCCUGAAGGUCAAGGUGAGAUCAGAGGUUCCGAAAGUGAUGGGCCAGGACGUGAACAACACGUGACCGACACGUGACUACCACGUGACCGACACGUUACCGACACGUGACCACCCUCCCAGAAGACUCUCCACUGAUCUCCAUUGCUGACUGUCAGCUAUCUGAUCACGUGCCUGGUCGUAGUUUGUGAACCGCGUGUAACAUAGGUUCUCAAAGAUCUGUGUGACGUCAAACGUCUGUGUGACGGCAAAGGUCUGUGGUUUGACGUUAAAGGUCGGUGUGACGUCAAAGAUCUUUGUUUCUGUGACGUAGCUUGUCAAGGACCCGUGUGACGUCAUGGCCUCCACCAACAGACUCCGCCUCUACGACAUCAAUGCCAACAAGCGAAGCGACCUGAUGGGUCCCCGGGUCCACCUCACCUCACCCCCGAUCCCCGCUUCCCCCACCCUCAUCUCCCCCGCGCACAGCACUCACUCCUCAGUCUUCUCCCCAUCACCAUCCCCAUCCCCAUCCCCACACUCCUCCAUGUUCUCCCCGUCCUCCCUCUCCUCCCCUCCCCCGCGCUCCCCACGCUCCCCGUCCCCGAUCCCGUCUCCCUUCGAGCCGCCGGUCGCUGUGGAGACCCGGCACGACAUCGAGUACACGCGAGCCCCGGACACCUUCCCGUGCGGUCACGUGCUGUGCCACAACUGUGUCCGAAAGUUUAUGCGGUUGCGACAGAGGUCCGGCUACUCGCGAUGUCCAGUCUGCCACAGGCGUGUAGACGCCGACGCCCCGCUCCAGGCUAUGGGCAUCCCCACAACCAACUCCAGCAGCAGCAGCAACGCCAGCAGCGGCUACGCCUCGGAUACACCCUCCAGCCCGGGUUGCUCUUUCACGGAAAGUGGUGGCGGUCGUGGUGGUGGUGGGGGUGUAGGAGCGUCCUCUCGAAGGGACUCCUACCCGCCCCCUUCCGACCCCACGCCCAUCUCACUCCUCAACAACUUUGACGAGAUUGUGCAGAAGUUUAACGGGAUUAACGGAAACCUGCGUCGCCUCAAGGACGAGAGCGUCCAGUCCAAGUCGAUGGGGAUGACCUUCACCAACACCCAGUGCCACCUGUGUAUGGAGAACCACGGCACCCUCAGGGUGGUCCAGGAGUACAACAGGCUGGCCGUGCGGCACGAGCGACCCAACGCCUGGAGUAACUACUUCUAUAGAGGUUGGCAAGAUUGUGGCGCGUAACUCGGCCCCGAUCCGAGCGCUACAGGGGAAGAACGUGAUCGAGAUUGACCACACCAUCCGCCUGCGGGAGCGCGCUGACCACUUCAACUUCCUGGACACAACUGACCAGAUCGAGAGGAUGGUGAGGCAGCAGGAGGAGACGCUGCUGGGCAUGGCCAGCAAACAGAUCCGGGACACAGGCCGGCUCUACCACGUGAAGGAGAGUAACGAGGUGGAGUUUGACAUGGAUGAGACGGAGGUGUAGGGAUGUGCACUGUGUGGGCGCACACAUAUUGUGUGGGGCCGGCUGUACAACACACGUGAGAGACAGAGAGUAAUGAGGUGCAGUUUGACACAGACGAGAUUGAGAUGGAGGGACGUGCACUAUAUGUGGGCUGCACACAUGUGUGGGGAUGUGUGCUGUCCAUGUACUCUUCUUUGAGGGUGGUUUUGGGAGGGGUGGGGGUGGGACAGUGGUUAGGGGUGGUUAGUAGACCAAGACCUGAAUCUGACUGUGUUCUUACGAUUUGCGUCAUAGCCGGCAUUGUGAAUACGUCAUAAUGGAGAACUGAAAAAACUGGAAUGUUCAUUUGUUACUUCAAGUCUCCGUGGCUGAUUUUUCCUUCAUCUGUCUCAUGGUGGCGCCAACAAUGUGUCAUUAGAGAAUAGGUUAUGUAUAUGUAGGACAUAUAAUAUUGUAAUUUGAUAGUACAGUAUGGUACUAUAUGGAAUAUGAAAGUACACGAUUGUACUUUGUAGAAUGCUUAAGUACAUGACUGUAUUGUUUGGAGUGUAUAAGUACAUGACUACGCUGUGUGAAAUGGUCGCUUUUAAGCACAAGGGGGUAUCCCGCAAAAUGCUGUUUUGAGAAAAGCGAAGGUAAAGU